AUGGAUGUACAAAAUAAUCAAGGAAUCAAUCCUCAAAAUGAAAUUGAUUUACCAUGUUCAACAAUAUCUUGUAACAAGUGCUUGACAGUUUGCAACCAACCUUUGCCAUUUAAUUUAUCAAUUUGCCAGUCAGCAUGCAACACUUCUAGGUCAUGUGAUUUGGGGUGUCAGUUUUACUCAAAAUUGCUUUUUGAUGAAAAAAAUGGUUUAAAUUUACCUAACAGUUCUUCUGCUUAUAUAUCAGUUGUUAAUAAUCAGUUUUUGAAUUCUACUUUUCAAUGGCCUAUUAUCAUGUCAGAUAAUAAUUUAUUUUCAAGUGUCUAUUUGGUAACAAUUACAAAUAAAAAUGGCAUCUUUCAAAAGGAAACAGUGUUAGGUUUAGUAGCUCACAACCAAGUGGAAAUUGUGGAAGCAGAUGUUUGCACUAAUAUAUACACAGAUAAUAAAUUUGAAGAACAGAACAGUUUUAGAUUGAAAGUUUAUCCUAUAAAUUUUAAUGGCUAUAACAAUCAAAAUAGUAUUUCAACUGAUUUUUUGACUUUCAAAAGAUCAGUUGGGGUGUCAAAUAUAAGUAUCUCUUCUGGAAUGUAUCUGUUGGAAUAUGGGUCUGAGUAUAUUAGUUGGAACAUCUCUUAUUCUAUUCCAAAAGAUUUGCAUGAUUACACUUCUGUAGUGGUAAAAACAAUACGACCAAGUUGUUUAACUAAAGAUUCCAAUUAUCUAAUAAGUAGUCAGUUUUUUGAAGAAAAAAUUUAUCUUAAUAAUUUUUCUGGCAGAUUUAAAAUAAGAAAUCCACCAAAUGAUCGACUUAAAGAUUGUACAAUUAGACUCAGGGUCUUAACAAACGUUGGAAACUGUACCGUUGAAAAUGUUUCUGAUAUUUCAUUUUUAUAUAAAGGUUGUCAAAAUGUAGAAAAUUUUAUUAAUUGCAAUCCAUCUACUACUAUAAAUCCGAAAUAUGAUCCUAUUAGUGGACAAAGAAUUAUAAUCAACAAUGCUUAUUGCGCAAAGUUUAAAAAUGCUACUUGCCUUAAAAAGUCUUCAUGUAAAUUAUGUAAUACUUCAUGCUAUAACAUGACUUUAAUGUGGGAUAAACCAUCAACACCAUCUUCUAUAGAAAAUUAUACUUUGAGGUAUGGAAGAGCAACAAGUUUUCUUGACUUUAAAUAUGUUGACAAAGAAGAUAAACUCCUUGAAAUAAAUUUUAAUACUACUUCAUAUACAUUUGUUCAAUGUAUAACUAAUAAUAUGGAUUUUGGAUUCCAAGUGUUUGCAAGCACGAAAGAUCCUGUAUCACCACUUAGCAAAAAUUCUUAUGCCUUUUAUUUCCUUAAAGCUCUUCCUUCAUUCGCUAAUACUACUACUACUACUAAUACUAAUAUCACACUUGCUAUCAAUGGAAAAUCUUUUACUGGUACUAUCACUGCUUCAGUUGUUGUUCCCUUGGCUAUUUUCAUAAUAAUAUUGCUUCUCUGUUUAUGCCAAAAAAGAAAACGUGGCCAUUUACCUGUAUGGAGCAAUACCUUUAUAGACGAUUAUAUUUACACACAUACACCUAUUUACAUUCAUAAGAUCAUCAAACAGUUUGAUGAGUGGGAAGUUAUGCCUCACAACAUUUUUUUUGAAGAAAAAAUAGGAGAGGGAGCUUUUGGAAGUGUUUAUAAAGGAACAAUCAAGUCAACAGCUUUUGUAAAGACUAACUAUGUUAAUAAAUCUCAAGUUUAUUUUGAGAAAAAUUUAGUUGGAAAAGAACCUAAAAUUGUAGCUAUCAAACGUUUAAAAGAAGGAGCUAAUGAAAGCGAGUUCUCAGAUUUCAAAGAUGAAAUUAUUCUGAUGAAGAGUCUUGGAUAUCAUAGAAAUAUUGUCAAUAUGAUUGGAUGUUCUACUAGAAAUAAGUCAUUAUGCCUAGUUCUUGAAUACUUAGAAAAUGGAGAUCUACUCAGUUUUUUGAGGCAGAAUCGAACAAUGAUUUUCAAUAAUUCUGAAGAGAAUAGCAACAGUAACUAUGAAAAAAUUGCUGAUAACGGAAAACUUAAUAAAAAGUUAACCAUCACACCAGUUGAUCUUCUUUCUUUUGCUUGGCAAAUUGCAUCUGGAAUGGAAUACUUAGUUGAGGCAAAAUAUGUCCACAGAGAUCUUGCAGCAAGAAACAUUCUUGUAGGAAGUGAAAAAAAUGUGAAGAUAUCUGAUUUUGGACUAACUAGAAAAAUAAAUGAUGAACAAAUUUACAUGAGCAGAAUAAAUCGUCGAUUGCCAGUAAAAUGGAUGUCAGUGGAAGCCAUCUUUGACCAAAAGUUUACCUCUUUUAGUGAUGUUUGGUCUUUUGGAAUUGUUUUAUUCGAAAUUGUAACUUUAGGUGGAGCACCAUAUCCUGGUAUAACCAAUCGUCAACUUCUUAAUCUACUUAAGUCUGGUUACAGAAUGGAAAAACCAGACAAUUGUGGAGACCAAAUGUAUGAAAUUAUGCAAAAAUGCUGGAAUGUUAGUCCACUAAACCGUCCUACGUUUACAAACUUGCGUGAACACUUCGAGAAGAUUAUUGGACAGGAAACUAGCUACUUCAGUCUUGAUAUUGACGAACGUGCUAAUUACUACAACGUUGCUUCUUUUAAAAGUCUUUCUUCAGUAUCAGAAAUCGUCGAACCUGAUGAGGAAAUCAAAAAUAUUACACCGUGCACCACAAAACUUAAAUCGAACUCAGUUUCAAUAAAUAAAAACUGCGACGAAUUCACACUAUCUGAAUAUGUCAAUUUUGAGAAUUUUCAUAAAAAUGGUAUAGCCAAAUUUCAGCCUUAUGAAAUGUUUACGUAUAAUGAAUGAAUUUAUUUUGUAAAUAUUUAGAGUAUGCAUUAUUUAUAAGCGCUUUUUAAUACGUGAAGUUAAAACUAUAUUUUACAAAUGAUUUUUAUAAAAAAAAAAUUUAUUUUUCAUAUUUAACUUUUUUUUUAAUGUUGAUUUUAAAUUGAAAGCAAAGUUUGUAUGUUGUUGAUCAUUUUUUAUAUUUUAUUUACUUAUAUAACUACGUUUUUCUUACGAUGUACA